GCGCAUCGCUUCUCGCAAUCCUUCCUUCGUCAUCAUGUCUUGCCCCGUCGUCUUUUUCGAUAUGACCAUCGGUGGCGCGCCGGCCGGCCGCAUCGAGAUGACGCUCCGCGCCGACGUCGUCCCAAAGACGGCGGAGAACUUCCGCGCGCUCUGCACGGGCGAGAAGGGCAUGGGGAAGAGCGGCAAGCCGCUCCACUUCAAGGGCUCUGCCUUCCACCGCGUCAUCACCAACUUCAUGUGCCAGGGCGGCGACUUCACGGCGGGCAACGGCACCGGCGGCGAGUCCAUCUACGGCGCCAAGUUUGCCGACGAGAACUUCCAGCUCAAGCACACCGGCCCGGGCAUCCUCUCGAUGGCCAACGCCGGCCCGGGCACCAACGGCUCCCAGUUCUUCCUCUGCACCGUCAAGACGGACUGGCUCGACGGCAAGCACGUCGUCUUUGGCUCCGUCACCAAGGGCAUGGAGGUGGUCAAGGCGAUCGAGGCGGUCGGCUCGCAGUCGGGCCAGACGGCCAAGAAGGUGGUGAUCGCCGACUGCGGCCAGAUCUCGUAGACGCGCUUCGGCCCCGCAGCGGGAAGGAGAGGUUUGAGUCGGAGCGCAGAGGGGCGCGGGCGGCCUUUUCUAGGCGCGCCCUCGGGUUGGGGGCGCAGGGCCAAGGUACUUUGCCCACUUAUAUCUUAUUCUCUUCAGAGGAGAUGUUGUUUGCUCUUCCUAAACUUUA